AGCACUGACCCGACGAGGGGUCCGGUGAAGAGACGCAGGUCCAGUGGAAGCAGUCAACUCGUGCUCUGGCUGUGAUGCGCACCGGUGACGCGCUCCUGAAGUGGCGUAACCACAGACUGGCGUGGGAUCUUUCCCUGCUGCACCUCCGCUGGAAUCACGUCAGGAUCCUCCACAGUCCUCACUAGCAGGUGUUAGUUUUUCUGUUUCCCGGAGGAUUGCCAGCGCGGAGAAUAAUCCCAUUUUGACGAGCGCUUCCAUCGGAAGGCGGGGUUUUCUCUUGCAGGAAACAGAUUUAUUACGACUGAGAAAUAGAAGCUGGGCUAUAAGGAAUCAUGGGAAAGCAGAACAGCAAGCUGACUCCUGAGGUGAUGGAGGACCUGGUGAAGAACACAGAGUUUAAUGAGCACGAGCUGAAGCAGUGGUAUAAGGGCUUCCUGAAGGACUGUCCUACUGGACGGCUGAACCUGGAGGAGUUCCAGCAGCUUUAUGUCAAGUUUUUCCCCUACGGCGAUGCAUCCAAGUUUGCACAGCACGCCUUCAGGACCUUCGACAAAAACGGAGACGGGACCAUCGACUUCCGAGAGUUCAUCUGUGCUCUGUCCAUUACAUCGCGCGGGAGCUUUGAGCAGAAGCUCAACUGGGCUUUCAACAUGUACGACCUGGACGGUGACGGCAAAAUCACCAGAGUGGAGAUGCUGGAGAUCAUCGAGGCCAUCUACAAAAUGGUGGGCACCGUGAUCAUGAUGAAGAUGAACGAGGACGGCCUGACACCGGAGCAGAGGGUGGACAAGAUCUUCAGCAAAAUGGAUAAGAACAACGACGACCAGAUCUCAUUGGAUGAGUUCAAAGAGGCGGCGAAGAGCGACCCGUCCAUCGUGCUGCUGUUGCAGUGUGACAUGCAGAAGUGAGCGGCGCCGCGGCGGCUCACCCGUCUCCCCGUCUGUAUCCACACACUCUGGACUGCAGCACUUGUUUUACUGUCUCAUUAGGUUCUCUGCCAUUUCCACAGGAAAAAAAAAACAAUGCUUGGACUAUUUUUAAAUGGACUCGCUUCUUGUGGUUGUAUGCAUGAGAAUGUAUAAUGCUGAAUAAUUUUGAAUAUAGCUAUAAUAUAUCAUACAUUUCUAUUUAAAAGAGAACAUGCCAACGUGAUUUGUGCACCGUAACCCUAUACAUUCCCAUUCUACCGUAGCUUGUAUAUCAGUGGAGCACAGCAUUGUUCCUGCAGUGUUUAGGAUCCCCGGUGUUCACUGCUGCAACCACCGUAAGCUUUACAUGAUAGUAAGAAAACAAUAAUUCCUAUGAUAAUUGUAAACGUCUCUACUAUCCAGCCUUGUAGAGCGGCUCCUGUCUGUUCCAGAUGUUCUCACAGGACGGAACCAAGCGGAAUAGGUUCUUUGCAUGCAGAUAUUAUGUGUCAAAAAUAUUAUCUCUUACCUUUUGCAUCUUUAGGUGGUUAUAAAAGAGAAACCCUUCCUGAGAACUUCAUUUAGUAUUGUUGCAUGGGAUGUACAGUGUGUGCUCAUCUGUUCACUCAAUGUGGGAGCAUGCUUCCGUUCAUGAAAUACACGUCAGCGUUUGGGGAGGGUGGGUUGCAGUCACAUGGUACUCUCAGAGGAACCAGCGUUUGCAUAAACUUUCAAAUAUAUUUUGCUUCAGGAACGAGUAGAAAUAUAUUGAUGAAGCACCUUAUGAUUUUAUUGCACUGCAGCCAUGUAAUCCAGUAGAGGGCAGAGUCAUUCUACACGGCACUCGCUACUCACAGCGAGGGAAAAUUGGCGUCACUUUUCAGGCGGCUUAUUCCAUUUAGACCCCAAUAACUCCGCGGAGAACAUAUCGACGUGUUUACAGAACUUAAGAGCACUGCAAACGAAUCACACUUUUCGAAUCGCGACCUUGACGGGCGCUCUAACUCCAAAGCAGCAAAAAAAAACAAAACACACACACAAAAAAGACUGACAUGUUUACUGAAGCCAGUGCAUUCCUACUCUUUUGUAAAGAAGCGUUUCUAUUGACGAGUCUCAUCCAUUCCAUUCUAUUUAACGUUGAGGAAGCGGAGAAGCAAACGAUUGAAACUCAAACAGAGCAUAUUAGAGAGAAAGGCCGCCCGGUUCUGUGGGGAAUGUUUUGCUUUUUAAAGCUAUGCACUGACAAAAGUGGAGAAGCUUUCCAUGGUUAUGUAUCCACCAAGGUUCUGCUUAUCUGUGUUGCUACAGUAUAUUAUUAAGUCACCAUCUCUGUCAGGUAAAUGUUUCUACCCAGAAAAAUAAAUCAUUACAAGACUCUUUUAUACACGUGUCACACCCAAAAUGGAGAUAAAAUGUAGAACCAGGGUUUUCCAAAGCAUUGGAAAAUGAAGUUUGGCAAUAUUCCGGCUUUUAUCUCUCACUUGUUUUCAUAUUGUAAAAUGGAGCCCAAACUGAAAUAGCGCUGUUAUCUUCUGCUGCCAACAGUGAAGUAUGAAGGUCUUGUUUACAUUAUUAACAUGGACAUUGAAGAUCACUAAACCUGCAUUAAAGCACUGAUGUGUUAAAGACUUG